AUGGUUAAAGCAGUUGUUGCAGGCGCUUCCGGAGGCAUUGGACAGCCGCUGUCCUUGCUACUAAAGAACAGCUCCCUCGUUGACGAGCUCGCCCUCUACGAUGUCGUCAACACCCCUGGUGUUGCGGCCGAUCUUUCGCACAUCUCCUCGAAGGCGGUCGUCACUGGCUACCUGCCCAAGGAUGAUGGCCUUAAGCAGGCUUUCACCGGCGCUGACAUCGUUGUCAUCCCCGCCGGCAUCCCCCGCAAACCCGGCAUGACCCGUGAUGACCUCUUCAAGAUCAACGCUGGCAUUGUCAAGGGCCUCAUUGAGGGCAUCGCACAGCACGCCCCCAAGGCCUACAUCUUGGUCAUCUCCAACCCUGUAAACUCAACCGUUCCCAUCGCCGCUGAGGUCCUCAAGAAGGCCGGCGUCUUCGACCCCAAGAAGUUGUUCGGUGUCACCACCCUCGACGUCGUUCGCGCUGAGACUUUCGUUGCCUCCAUCACCGGCGAGAAGGAACCCCACAAGCUGAACAUCCCUGUCAUUGGUGGUCACUCCGGCGAGACCAUCGUUCCUCUGUUCAGCCAGGCUCAGCCUUCUGUGGACAUUCCCAGCGAUAAGCUCGACGCUCUUGUGAACCGCGUUCAAUUCGGUGGUGACGAAGUCGUCAAGGCCAAGGACGGUGCAGGUUCCGCCACUCUGUCCAUGGCCUACGCUGGUUUCCGCUUCGCGGAGAAGGUCCUCAAGGCCGCAAAGGGCGAAAAGGGUAUUGUCGAGCCCAGCUAUGUCUAUCUCCCCGGUGUCCCCGGCGGUGAUGCCAUCGCGAAGACGGUCGGCGUUGAGUACUUCUCCGUCCCCAUCGAGCUUGGUCCCAGUGGUGUCGAGAAUGCCGUCGAUGUCGUCAGCAAGGCGAACGACCACGAGAAGAAGCUCCUUGAGGCAGCCUACAAGGGGCUCAAGGACAACAUCGCAAAGGGCGUUGACUUCGCCAACAACCCUCCCCCUCCUCCCCAGAAGUGA